CACAUUUCAGACAAAACUUAAGUUACUGUGCAUUUCCGUUGAUGAGGAUGGUGCUGUUCCUCGAGGCUGAGGUACUGCGGCUGCUGGAGCUAGACGCAGAGCUGCGCUCUGACCCGAACAACAUCUCGAAAAACGGUGUGCUGCUCAAGCAGAGCGCACGCGAGCAGCUGACGGCGUCGCUGAACAAGAGCUUCCCGCGGGAGCAGCCAUGGACCGAGACCCAAGUGGCGGUCAAGUUCAAAAACUUACGCGGCGAAUACGCCGAAUAUAAGUGGCUAAGCGCCCAGCCAGGCUUCAAUGUCGACGGCAUAGGUAUGGGCGAGGAGUGGUGGCAGAAUGCCAAGCGGCUGCGGCCCAAGUGCCACGCGUUUAAGGGGAAAUUGCCCUGGGUCUUCGAGGCCCGCAUGAAGCAGAUCGUGGGCGACGGCGGCCCGGACUAUUCGCAGGAACCGCCAGUGAAGAGGCGACUGGAAGAGAAGGAGCCAAAACUAGAGGAGCAAGAGCAGGAGCAACGCGUGGAGGUGGAGGCUGAAGACAGUGUAGGAAUUAAUACUGCCACAACGGUGGAGCCUUCGCCGCCGGUGGUUACUGCUGCUCCUCCGCGCCACAAGCGGAAGCGCAGCGACGAAGGAGCCGCCGUCCAAUCAAGGAGAAAUCGGGAGCAGGAACGGGAACCAGACAGCAGUGCGACGACUGCGAGCGACGAUGCUGGGGGUGACUACAACUACAAUCGCUCGUUGGCCAGGUCCGUGGAGAGAAGUUCGGUGGCGGCUGCCGGUAUGGCGCGCGGCUUCCAGGAUCUGAUUGCCAUUUUCCAGCAACAGACAGCCAAAUGUCGAGAGCUGGAGCAGCAGCUGACGCAGCGCAACGCGGAGACUCCGUCGUUGGUCUUGGCUGAGCAGCGUAGUGUGCUGCUGGCCAUCGCGCGCUCGCUGGAGCAGAGUACACACGCUACCGCCGACAUGGCGCAAGGCUAUCGCGAACUGGUCAAGGCCUUCGUGCGGGGAUCGGACUCUGCCCGACAGCAGCGUGAGCUCUAGUUAGUGGUCUUCAAAGGAUUCCUCGUCCUUCGUCAAAGGUUGCAGCUGCACACAUUGUCGACUGUCUACUGACUCAGGUGAAUAAAAGGAAAUAAAUUUGCGACCGUCGUGUUGACUGUCAACCCAGAAGAGUGUUCAGUGACGUCCGCACCGAAAGAAGAGGCGCUGAAGAAUAAUGGGGGUAUGCAGUGAAGAGACCAAGGAAACGCCUGGGUGGAUCCUGUCUUCUACGUUAAUUAAGGCAAUGAACUAAUGAGUAGAUACAAAUAUUUGGUUGCCUUAGUUACAGACUCGUUGCUGCUACGUUGCCUUUGGCAGCGUAGCGACAGACUAUACAUACACAGCUGCAAAGUUUCACAGAGUAGUUGAGGGCACGAACUCGAAGCUCUUGCGCAGGUUCACAUGGUUCAUAGUGAAGGGUGCUGCUGGCGGGUACAUGAACAUGAACGAGUCAUCCGUCGGUGGUAGCAGACAGUCAAUCCAGUCGAGUGGCUCAGUCUGCUCGCCACUCGUCAGGUCGUAGCUUCUCGUAGUUGUGUACGGUUCCGACGGCGGUGCCGCCAUGUUGAAGCUGUAGUAGCGUCGGCACUGCGGCGGAUGGCGGACAUCGUGCUGCUUGAACAGGAGGUCGCUGUCCAUCGUCACCGGGAAGGGUAGACGACAUCGAUUGUCGCCGUUCAGCAGCAGGUUUUCGAAGCCCGUAGGGUGCGCGGCGGACAGAGGCUCCUUCUUCCAGUAGGGCAUGGCAGAUGCACGGGCGGCGGCCGUGGGUCGGUACUUGGGCAGCGCGUGCGGGCUGAGCGACUUCUUACGUGUGAUUCUCCACGCGAGCUCAGGCUGGUCGCGGAGGAAGAAAUCGUUGGAGAAGGUGCAGACGACGGCCUUGGACUUGGUCCACUUGCGGAAGUUGAAGUAGUUGAGCUGGCGCUGGAAGCUCGUGUACUUGCAGUGCUUGAAGUAUUUAGGCAGCACACGCGCCGUCAUCUCCUGCAUGUCGUGGAUCUCGAAGGCGCGGCCGUCGGGCGUCCAGCGCAGCACAGCGUCGCUCUCGUCCAGCAGCAUACGGCGUAGACUCUUAAGGAACGGCGCCACCUCGCGUGGUGCAGUGUUGUCGUCCUUGGACUGGCUGUAGGUAUUGGGACUGUUGCUGUUGUUGCUCUGCAUGGGAGAUCGGAGAUACAGAAGACUGGGGCUGUCAGUUGAAGCGGCUUGCUCUGGGCGAUGCAAAUUCAAACCUGAAUCUGCCGCCCGCCUCCGUUCGGUGGGCUUCGGGAUGGUCACCCGCUCGCUCUGCCGCUGGCUACACCGCGUUCAAUGCUGACACACGCUGCGCCACUCUGGCGUGUUCUCGCGGCGACGAUCCCAUCCUGCUGACUCGCCCGCGCAGGUCGUCACUGACUGGAUGGGGUUGCACACGAACCUCCAUACACUGGCGGCGAUGGCGGCCCCAGUGACAGAGACCGCUUCAACUUGCACUCAACGCUGGACAGAAGAGCCCGUGGCCUUGACGUUUUGGUCCCACACGACAUCACUCUUUCUCUGAUUUCGUCUGAGCCCUGCACGAUGGUCCCUCGCCCCGCGGCAGCCACUAGCGCUCGCCAAGCAAGCCAGCGGAGAAUCCAUCGCCGAGCGCGUUGGUCGCCUCGACGCUGUGCGUUCGGAUAUGACCGUCGAUAGUGUCCAGGUGCUACUAUCCUCCUCAGCCCGCCACUAGGUCCUUCGCGCGACGGUCGCCGCAUCCCCGUAGCCAGCCGCCGCUGACUCUGGUACUACCAGUGGUAGGUACGUAGCUGCGACCAUCGUCUUGGGGCCGACAAGGCCGAUGAAGCAGUCAUCGACUUCUUCGCCCGCUUCAGCUAGUCGUCGCGUUGAAUCGCCGCCUGAUGUUGAGAAGGACAUUGGAUACGCCAGUUCAAAUUGUUGUGUAUCCUGUUCGACGAUGGUGAAUAUAUGCCCGUCGUGCACUGAAACACUGCGUUUCCUACGCCGCUAAGGCUUGCCCUGCUUGCAUUCUUGCAUACUGGCGUCUUGCAGCCAUCACCAUGGAGAGUGAUGAUGCUCACAGUGCGGACAGCAAUCGACGAUCUCGGUGGUGCUACAGUACUCCGAACGGAUGGCUCGAACCUGGAGGCUUACUGAAUAAGAUCCACGACCUUGGUAGAGCCGGUAGAGCGAUCGUGCGAUCACCGGAGGCACUCCAACACUCCGUCGGCGCGAAGGAUUUUCAUCUUCUACACGUAUCGCUGACAGACAUCCGUACCUUUCCUGUUGCACCAG